AUAAAGUUUCUACUGGAGGAGGGUGUUUUAUCCUAUACCCGUACAAUUGAAACAGGUAUAUUUCGCGAGAUGAAGGAGACAAAUGCUUAUGUUGCACUGGAUUUUGAACAGGAGAUUGAGAAGGCAAAAAAUUUCCCAAAAUCAGUUGAGAAGAGCUAUGAGCUUCCUGAUGGAGAAGUCAUUAAUAUUUGUGCUGGGAGGUUCCGUUGCCCUGAAGUCCUCUUCCAGCCUUCAUUAGUUGGAAAGGAAGAGAUAGGAAUUCAUGAAAAAAUCUACAACUCAAUCAUGAUAUGUGAUGUCGAUAUUAGGAAAGAUUUAUUUUCAAAUAUUGUGAUUAGUGGUGGCUCAACUAUGUUUCCCGGCAUAGCAGAUCGUAUGAGUAAGGAAAUUACUGCUCUCUCUCCAAGCGACACAAAGAUCAAAGUUGUUGCACCUCCUGAUCGAAAAUAUUGCAUAAAUGAUAAGGAGAAGGACUCCUUACUCGAGAGAACUAUAUCCUAG